UUGCUGCAGGAGGAUGGGCACUGGGGAUUAUGUGUGCGUAACGCUGCGCGGUGGCAUGCCAUGGGGCUUCAGACUCCGCCAGAGCGCUCAGGAGCCUCAACAUCUUCUUCAGGUGUUUGAGAUAGAGGAUGGUAGUCCUGCUUCCCAGGCUGGAUUGUGUGAGAAUGAUGAGUUGUUGUCAGUGAAUGGGAAGCCCUGCUCAAACUUCAGUCUUUCAAAGGUUAUUGAUCUCAUUGAGGCCUCCACUGACUGUCUACUGCUGCUUGUCAAAAGAUGCUGUAGCCAGCCUCAAACGAGCCUUGAAUUAGUUAGUACCACUCUUAAGGUCCCAACUCCACCCAGCCUCCGUAACCCACAGGAAAAUUACAUUUCUGAGUCCCAGGAUAAAGCAUAUUUUGGGGAAACAGACAGUGAUGCCGAAUGUCCUGGGAGGUCUCAAUUGGUCCGGAUGCAAAUUCAGGUACCAGCUUCUAGGAAUAAAAGCAGACAAAACACCUCUUCCCAGGGAGAUGGAGACACCAGGUUAGAGGUAACCCCAGGAUCUGUGGUGGAAUUACAGCUAUCUCUUUCCAAAACCACCAUGGAAGAACCAGAGUGCACUUUACUAGGCAGUGCUUGUGGAGUUGUCGGAGAAGCCCAUCAAAGAAAGACAAGUAAGGAAUUCAACUUUACCACUACUUCAUAUUCUCCAGAUUGCCCUGUCUACAUUCCCAGACAAGACCGGAAACCUCUUGGUCAACGGGGUGUGUUGGUUAGCAAACCCUCUGCUUUGCAGAAACAGGUGGAUGUGACCUUGCUGCAAUUAUCUGGAAGUAGUUCAGGGAAGGAGGGGGUGCAGGCUAGUGACCGGUUAGAUUCUGCUGGAGAAGAAGGAGGGUACUUUGAAGAAGCUCCCACCUCCUCUUCUGUGUCUUUUGGACUUCCCUCAGAGGAGUGGGACUCCGAAUCGGAGAGGGAAGUCAACAAGCCCAACAAGCACCGGGCAAGGCACGCCAGGCUCCGGCGGAGUGAGAGCCUUUCGGAGAAGCAGGUGAAGGAAGCCAAAUCUAAGUGCAAGAGAAUUGCUCUCCUGCUCUCUGCUCCAGCCUCCAAUCCCAAUAACAAGGGGGUGUUGAUGUUCAAGAAGCAUAGACAGAGAGCCAAGAAGUAUACCAUUGUAAGCUACGGUACUGGUGAGGACGAGCCAGAUUACAAGGACGGAGACGACGACGAAAAGGACAACAAGGAGAAGCACGCUGUUGAGUUCACUGUUCUAGCCACCAGCGAAACUGAAAUUGAUGAGGACUUCUUCACCAAUGCCUCUGGCCAGAAAAGUAUUGUGACUUUUGACUGGGACACUGGAUUACUUGAGAUAGAACGCAAUCUUGACAACUAUCAAGAUAUGGAAGAACUACCUGAUACCAAGGGCAAAGGAGCCCUCAUGUUUGCUCAGCGCCGACAGCGCAUGGACGAGAUAGUAGCUGAACAUGAGGAGUUGAGACGAAAGGGGAUACCUGUUGAAGGAUUAAAGGAGACUGAGACACAUCAGACAUACCAUCAUAUGGAGGAUCGUGGUUAUAUGAAUGCACAAGAGACCCAGAAUUACAUGGAUGUAAAUGUGCACCACAGUACAUCAGCACAAAAGCAGCAGCAGCAUCAGCAGUACCAUCAGUACCAAGAACAGUACUAUCAACAACAGCAGCAGCAGCAGCAGCAUUAUCAAGACUACCAGAAGCAACUACAAUAUCAGCAACAUCAACAACAACAGUAUCAACAACAGCCAGAUUAUCAGCAACAAAAAAAUUAUCAACAUGUGCAAUCAUGCAAUCAGCAACAACACUUCCAACAACAUCAAGUGCAGCAGCAUUCACAACAUAUGAAUGGCAAUUCUGAUCAACAAAUCAAUGAAAUGCAGCCAUCAGUCACAAAUAGGAGUGCCAAACCAUUCUCAGUUCAAAAUAAAACGGCUACUCCAUUUUCCUCCUUAUCGAUUUCAGAGAGUCAAGAACAAUCUGGGUAUUCAUUUGGACAAGGUGAACAGAUUGCAUCCCGUGAUGAGCGUAUUUCUGUGCCUGCUAUUAAGACUGGAAUUUUGCAAGAUACAAGGAGGAGGAAUGCCAAUAAACCUAUGUUCACUUUCAAAGAGUCUCCCAAGGUCUCCCCCAGUCCUGUGCUGUUAAAUCUCCUUAACAAGAAUGACAAAAAGGCAGGUUUUGAGUCUGGCCCAGAUGAAGAUUAUCUAAGUUUAGGAGCUGAAGCAUGCAACUUUCUUCAGUCUCCAAAGAUAAAGCACAAAAUUCCACCACCGGUUGCUCCUAAACCUCACAUAAAUGCAGCCUCUCCCCCAUGGUCUGUUCAACCAGAAACUACUGGUCAUCUGAUUCCACAGCAAACUGAAAACAAUGGACCAGCAUCUGCUGAAGCUCCAGCCACUGAGGCUGAUGCCGCUACUGCCCCUGUCCCUGAAAUGGUUGCCCCAAACAUGUCUGAGCAAGAACCUUCACCUUCAUUUGCACCUGAAUCCCAGGAUGUUCCACUCUGUCCGGAACAACCUGCUCCAGAUAAUGCAUGGAAACCACCAGCAACUCCAGUGAAACAAAACCAGCAAGCAGAGAUCUGGAAUGAGAAAAUGAAUUCCCAGCUGCAAAUGAAUUCAGCUCAUCCUGCUGCUCUUCCUCCUGCAAAUGCACAGUCAGAUCAGUCUACCAGAACAUGGGAACCAGCUCCAAGUCAAUGUUAUCAGCAGGUAAGUGCCUGGGAUCCAACCGAAAUGCAAACUCAAGUCCCAUCUCAAAACCAAUCUGAAGUACAACCAUCAUGGAUGUCACAUGCUCAAAGUCUUUCGGAAGUACAUUUGCAAGCACCUACUAAAACACAACCCCAGCCCACUUGGGUAACACAAGCUUCCAUACCACCAAACAUUCAACCACAGACUCAAACCCAGCCCCAAUCUCACAUGAGUUCUUGGACACCAGUUCCAAAUCAGUCAACACUACAACCCCCAUGGUCUCUGCCGCAUGAGCCAGCACAACCACCUAUCAGUGUCUGGCAUAAAGAUCACAAUCAAGCUCAGGAACAGCCAGCCUGGGUCCAACAACAACAGUUCCAAGGAUCUCAGGUAAUGCAAACUUGGGCAUCAACCCCUCAACAACAACCACAAUCUCCCUGGGCCCAUCCUCAGAGCCAGCCUCAGAGCCAGCCACAGCCCCACCCAUCUUGGAUUUCUUACCCGAAUCAGCAAGAACCAACACAGCCACCUGCAAAUGCAUGGACCCAACCACAGAGUUUAGUUCAUGUGCAGCCUCUUUGGGCUCAACAGACUCAAAUACCACCUCAGCCCUCAGCACAAAUGGAGCAUCCCAUGAAUUCUUGGGCACCAAUGCCUGCCCAGUCCCAGCCACCAUGGGCACAACAGCCUGUUUCUCCACAGCAUCCUCAACAGAUGAACUCUUACACACCUGUGCAAAAUCAUAUUCAGGCAUCCAGGGAACAGCCACCAAAUCAGGCUCAGGUUCAACCUCCCUGGGCACAGCAAACUCAGCAGCAGGCAUCACAGCCACCUGUGAGCCAGUGGGCAUCACUGCAAUCUCAAUCUCAGCCAGGUGUAAAUGCAUGGGUACCCAAAGCUGAGACCCAGAAGUUCCCUCCCCAACCAAUCAAGCCAUUGAACCCACCUCAGUCUGAUCAGCCCACUCCUCCAAGACGAAUGAACUCAUAUACAUCUGGGACAAAGGAACCGUCCCCUACUCCACCUAGUAGUUCUAUGUCUGGUUUUGGUUCGGCUUUCGAGAUGCCUGCCUUGAGGGGAAAAGGAGCUGAACUGUUUGCUAAGAGGCAGUCUAGGAUGGAGAAAUACAUUGUGGAUUCGACCACAGUACAGGCAAAUAAGGCAAGACCAUCUUCACCUUCUCCUUCUUUGCCACAAUCAUGGAAAUAUUCAUCCAAUUGCCGGGCACCCCCUCCUUUGGCAUAUAAUCCAAUUAAUUCUCCAUCAUAUCCACCGGGUGCUAUCAAACAGCCUCCUCAAUCUAGCCCUUCAAUAGCCAACCAGAACAAAAGCAAAGCAAAAGGAAAACCUGCCCCAAAACCCCUUCAUGUUCUUGAUGUCAUGAAGCAUCAGCCCUAUCAGCUGAAUUCCUCCCUUUUCACCUAUGGUCCAGCAGCAGAGAAACUUGCUGCAGAAAAGGAGGCAGCUGAAAAGCUUGCUGCUCAAAAAGCAGCUGAAGCUCAAGCCCAGGUCCAAAUUCAAGCCCAAGCUAUUGGUCCUCCAAAUCAAAACCAGAAAAUGACAUAUAACCAAAGCCCUCCCCCUUAUGGUUAUAUUCCAGAACAUGCCCAGCAACCCUACAGGAUGGCUGGUCAGUCACCAUCUAUGCACGAUGACCAUUACCCCCAAGCCCCUCCAAGUACAUACCAGAUUGUCCUUAAUGAUUAUCAGCAACACCCUCAUCAAAUCCCAUAUCAACAAGCAUACGACCCCCAACAAGCUUACCAAACACCUCCUUUAAAUCCAUACCAACAAGCACCAAGCCCUCCCUACCAACAGCCCUCUCCAACUUCCUAUCAGGCAGGCUCCAAUCAAAUAUAUCAAGCUGGACUGGCAAUGUCUUACCAACAAGCCACUAGUUCUCAUAUUGUUCCAACUUUCCCAGUAGCAGCAAGGGCUGACUCUGCCUCAGGGGGCAGUAUUACUGCUGCUCCAAAGCCCAAAUUUUCAGCCAAAAAGAGUGCUGCCCAGGUGUGGAAGCCUGGAAGUGCUGAAAAAUAGUAAUGUUACAGUAAUUAUUUUGCCAAGUUUUGUUACCGUUAGACAAGAAAGCUCAGAUGCAAAUACUGAAUGUAGAGCAGAUACAUACUGUAAAACUCCAAAACACUACCAGAAAUACAGUUUGUUGCAAUAGACUGAAAAAAUUGCAUAUUAUUGUUUAUUUAUAAGGCAUAGACAUCUUAAAAAAAAAAAAAAAAGGACAUCAUAUGGUGUUUAUAGAUGAAUGCUCUGAAAACUGUGACCUGUACUAUUACAGGUAGGAAGGUCUUGUGCUCAUACUGUUCCAAAAAAUCUAGUAAUAUGUAUGUAAGACUCAAAAGGAAUCAGUGUUGAUCGAGUUGAUGAAGAAGAGAAUUAUGAAGGCUUAAACUGAAAGUAAACAGAAAUAAUUUGACAGGUUAAAAAUGAGAGAGAUAGGCCUAAUGGUCUGCUAUGAGGGCUGCUGAAUGCAAUACAAAAAGCUCCACAUGACUUCCUGAGGGGUUUGGACUUUUAAAAUAUUUAUUACCAUCAAUUGUCCCACCAAUAUAUGAGUAGACCUAUAUGAUAGUAUUUUAUAAUACCUCAGUGGACAGACUGAAAUGAAAAUGUGAACAGUCCAAGGAUAGUUGGAUAUGCAAGUAACCAAUGAAGAACAACGUCUGACUGAGCCAAUAGUGCAAGUGAAUAUAAAACACAGAGACAGAAUGUAUUAUGGUGAAGUUCAAUCAUCUCUCACUAUAUGAGGAAAAACAAUGUUAUAUUUCUAAAAUGUAAGUAAUGUUUCAGACUUAUGAGAUUAAUGUACUCUAAUGUAAUGCAGUAUAUGGUUCUUUAAAAAAAAACUAGGUUAAAUGGUGCCACUAUUUCAAUGUUAAACAGCUAGUUUAAGGGCUUAAUUUUUACCUUUUAUGGAGAUUAAUAGAUUUGGGGAUAGAUUCCUUUCAUAUUUAUAUUUUGAAGGAUGAUUUUUUUUUGUCCAUGUUUUUUUCAGUUUGUUUGACAUUUUUUCUUUUCUUUUUUUCUUUAGCAGUUCUAUCAGAAUAUUAAUAUUAAGAACAUCAACACAACAGGUUUAGGAAGUGGAAAACAGGAAAAAAAUGUUAAUUUUGAGUUCAUUUCUUUGUGUGAUAUUUUCUUCAUAGUACACUAGUUGUAAUAUGUACCAGUGCCAUUAAAAUGACUGUCCUUCAGUUUUGUUUGUUUGCUUUGCGUUUGCAUGUACCUCAGUCACUUUCAUCUUUCCUUGCAUUGUUUGUACACCUUGUCUUGUCACCAUUCUUGCUAUUCUUUCACACUCCUUUUCAGAGUAACUUUUUGCAGUUUUGCCAUUUUUGCCCUUUUACAGCAGAGGAUAGGGUAUUAAAGGUAAGAUAGUAAAUACAUUACUGAGAAUUUCUUUUUUGAGGAACAUUUAUCAGUUCAGCCAUUUUAGCUUUUUAACAGCAGAGGAU